CAUCGCUGAUAUCAUUUAUUGUCAUCAAUGGGUUCGAGUCACUUCACUUGCUCGUGUGCUCGACAUUUGUACCAGGAUCGGUGGAGUCAUGUUCCGUCACAGAUCUGCAACGCGAUGUAGUGACUCGGUCUCCCUCAACCUAUAAACCGCUCUCUUGGAGACCCACCCUCCUUCAUACAAGCAAAAGAUGACUACAUCCCCCCGUCUGGUGAACUACCCCACCCCAAGCGCGUUCCUCCGCGCUUGCCUGCCAUUCGACACAUGGCACAUGAACAUCUCCCUAGGCCCGACACUGCAGUAUCUUGCCGAUUCUGGGGACUUUCAGCCUGCGCCGGGGGAAGCGAAGCUCUGGCUAGCUGUAUGGACAGGAGAACAGCUUGAUUUAACCCUCGUACGGACAAGCAAGCUCGUCACCCUCUGUUCUCCACUUCACUCCUCCUUCCUCUCUCAAGCCUACCUCGAACCACGCAUGACCCUCCUCGCCGAGUCCCUCCACGCUCUCAUCACCUCCCGCUCCCAGCCGCCCCUCUCCACCCUAACAGGCCCAACAACCCUCGUGCAGGCUUUCGUUCCCGCUUACCGGGCGCUCUCCUCCCUCCAGCCAAGAGAACCAGCGGUGAUCCAUACCCUGCACACACACUGUCCCUCCUCGCGCGUAUCCCCCGCCCCGCCCUUGCCAGAAGGUUACCAGAUCCGCCCUGUCAAACCUGGUGACCCCCGCUCGCUGGAAGCGCUCGCGCAUAUGUUGCUCGACUUCCGAAACCUGUAUCACGGGCCUUGGCCAGCGCUGUCCCUCGUCCAAGCACGGGAGCACGCAGAGGAAGCAGUAAGACUAGGGGAGGUGCUGGUCUAUGUCGUCCCGUCCUCUUCAGGAGAGGAAGGGGAAGAGUUCACAGGGUUCGUCAGAGACGGAAGGCUUACCCGAAGGUUUGCAGCAGUGAGGAACGUCUUCACCCGUCCGUCAUUCAGGAGACGAGGGGUUGCGGAGGCUCUGACCCGAGCGGCGGUCUUGCGGUUGCUGGGGGAACCGCAUCGGCUUGCCACGCUUGUAGCGCCGCUACUAUCUCCUGGCGAGGCAGAGCAAGAGGGCAAGCGAAAAGUGGAGGAAGUGUGCAUCUUUGCGGAAGACAGUAACCUUAGUGCGCAAGGGAUUUAUGGGCGGGUGGGGUUCGGGUUUCCGUGCGGUGACUGGGGCGACAAGGAGAGAGAUAGUGGGGAAGGGGAGAAGAGCUGGGAGGAGUGUGUAGAGGUGGCUUACCCGGAAUAGAAUGGAACGGGCGAAGGGGGCAGACGAUCUACAGUCUUACGAUCCAAGAACAAGGAACGAGAAGUAGAGAUUCGUUCUUUCCUCUGUCUCAACAGAAAACAUACUUCGCUUCGUGUCAAUCCGAGAGCUUAUGUAAGC